AUGACUACAAGAUCAAGAUCCUUGUCCGAAAAGCUCUUUAAUCAGCAACAAUCUUUGCUCAUUCAAAUUGAAAAGAGCCUUCUCAAAUAUCGAGAAAUUACACCAGAUAAAAGGACAUCAUCAUCUAUCAAAAAUCGUAUUUCUUCAUUGCAAUCCAAGUACGACAGCUUCAAAGAAAAUCAUGUCAUGAUAAUCGAUGAAGAUGAUGAAACCUCUAAGACGUACAACGAUGAAGACUGGAUGAGUAGAUUUGAAGAGAUCUAUAUUAAUGCUCGUUCUGAACUAGAAGAUGAUCUCUAUGUUCUCAUGCCACCCGCUCCACAUUCCGAUUCCCUACCGGAUUUCCAAGGGAUACAAAAUCAAACCAUGAAUCCAACACUGUUAAACACUAUACCUAGCCAGAAAGUAAAUCUUGGGAAAAUCCAACUUCCUUCCUUUGACGGCACGUAUAGUAAUUGGUCCUUGUUCAACAGUUUGUACAAAUCUAUGAUUCAUGAAAACCAAUCCAUCGAUUGUAUCCAAAAAUUUUACUAUCUGCGGAGUUCUCUGACUGGUGAUGCCCUCAAAAUUAUUGGAGAAGUUCCGUUGGUAGCUGAAAAUUAUCAAGAGGCAUAUAAUUUAUUAUGCGAGAAGUACGAAAACAAUCGUAUUCUCUUUUCUAAGCACAUGAAAUCAUUUUCUUCUUUGCCAAUCAUCAAGUCUGAAGAUGCCGCAAGUUUGACUCAGUUACUAAAUGUAUCCAAAGAAUGUAUCUGUGUUCUAAAAUCAUUUGGUUUUGAGUUGAAACAUUUUGAACCUAUACUAGUGUAUUAUCUGGCUGAAAAACUUCCUCAUGAUACACGAGAAUUUUGGGUGCAAUCUUCUGGUCAAAAGAAAGAUAUACCGACUUUCAAAGAAAUAUCUGAUUGCAUCGAAAUUCGAGUUCGCACCAUUGAAGAAAUGACACCGAACAAAUCCAAUUGGGAGAAGUCAGUAUCUAAAUCAUCUAUGAAGGACUCAUCUCAAGGAUUCAAUAAUUUCAACAGCAACAGAUCCAAACAACCAAAAGCUUUUCACUUCAAGACUCCGAAAGAAUCAAAACUAUCAAUCAAGUGUUGUUUAUGUGAAGGUGAUCACGUCAUCCGUCAAUGUAAAAAGUUUCUCGCUUUAUCGACUACAGACAGAGAACAGGUAAUUCGAAAACAAAAUUAUUGUUUUAACUGUUUUGCCUAUAACCAUCAGAUGAAAAACUGUACCAGUAUUCGUAAUUGUGCUGAAUGUGGCAAUCGUCACAAUACUUUGCUUCACAAUCCUGCUAUUCAUUUUCCAAAACAAUUACCUUCCUCUGAAACCUCAACAUCCAAAAUAAGUACCUAUUCAGAUAAUGCUCAUGCCAAUUUUCACGUUAAACCAACAAUAUCAAGUCAAAGCGAAGUGUUAUUAGCAACCAUCAUAGUACAUGUCAAAUCUUACGACAAUACUAUGCAUCGAUUCCGAGCACUUUUGGAUUCAGGUUCACAAGCAAAUCUAAUGACUGAACAAACUGCUCAAACCCUUAAGUUACUUCGAAGUCCAAUCCGUGCGAACAUAAGUGGCCUAGCAUCUACAUCUGAGACAAAAUCGAGAAGUAGCGCUGUUAUUAACAUUAUAUCUCCAACCAGUGAUGAAUUGCUAUUAAGUGUAGAUGCAUUUAUAUUGCCUAAGAUAACAAGUCGUUUACCGACUUCUAAAAUACCGUUUCAAUCUUGGCCUCAUCUCGAAAAACUACCACUAGCUGAUCCCACUUUUAAUUCACCUGGGAAAAUUGAUAUUCUCUUAGGGGCAGACUCCUAUGCUCAAAUUAUGAUGAACGGUUUACGAAGAGGUUCACGUAAUGAUCCAAUCGCACAAGAAACUAAACUUGGAUGGGUUAUCUUAGGCCAAGUAAACUUCGAUAAACCGAAACAUAUCAAAAUUUCCAAUUUUUGUUUGCGAUCCGAUAUUGACUCCAUGUUUCGAAAGUUCUUAGAACUGGAGAGUGUCCCAGACAAACGCAUUCUUUCACCGGAUGAAAAAUGGUGUGAAUCAUUUUAUGCUGAAACUUAUCGUCGUAAUGAAGAAGGGAGAUUUAUUGUUCGUUUACCUUUCAAAACAUACGUCGAUAAAUCUGCUGUUUUAGGACGAUCAAGAUUAGGAGCAAUAAAUCGUCAAUUGCAGCUAGAAAGAAAAUUUAUCAAGAACCCAGAACUCUACUCAAAAUAUAAGGAAGUCAUGGCUGAUUAUGUCCAACAGGGACAUAUGCAUCGAGUUUCCACUACUGAACAAGACCAUAUAGAAAAUCUCACUCCUAAUUCGAUAUCAUAUAAUUGCAAUUAUAUCCCGCAUCAUGCAGUCAUAAAAGAAGAUAGUUCAACUACCAAAUUGCGAGUCGUCUUUGAUGCGUCUAAAAAGACGACAAAUGGAAAUUCUCUAAACGACAUCUUAUUUACUGGACCUGCUUUACAAAAUGACGUAAUCAAUGUAAUCUUGAACUGGCGUUUCCACAAAGUUGCAUUCAGCGCAGAUAUCGCACAGAUGUAUCGUCAAAUCCAACUGCCUCAAGCCGAUGCUGAAUUUCAACGCAUAAUUUGGAGAAACAAUCUAGAUGAACCAAUGCAAGAUUAUGCUAUUAACACUGUGAUGUUUGGAGGUUCCUGUUCACCAUAUCUAGCUAUCAAGACUCUUCAUCAAUUAGCAUCUGAUGAGCAAGAAACGUUUCCAUUAGCUGCAAAAGUACUUUUAACCGAUAUCUAUGUAGAUGAUAUUUUUUCUGGCGGAGAUGAUUCAAGAAAAUGGGCAAGUAAUUGUCCCCAGAUAUUAUCAUCAGUUCCACCUGAAGCUCGUGAGAUUCAACAACUUUUAUCUCUCAAUAAAAACGAAACUGUUAAAGCGCUCGGUAUUUAUUGGCAACCUGUUGAAGAUAACCUUUCAUUCAGUUUGAAGUUUGACCUUACCAAUUUACCUAAAACAAAAAGAUCAGUUAUGUCCGUUAUUGCCCGGUUAUAUGAUCCAAGUGGUUGGAUUUCCCCCAUUAUUGUUGUCGCUAAAAUCAUUUUAAAGCGUUUAUGGUUUUUUAAACUUGAUUGGGAUGAUGAGAUUCCCAAUGAACUACAAAAUGACUGGCAAAAUUUCCUUAAUGGUCUAAAAGACUUGCCAUCUAUUCGAAUUCCGAGAUGGCUUAAAACAAUGUCUACUAACCAUUCUUUUCAAUUACAUGCGUAUUGUGAUGCAUCUUCAAAUGCUUAUGCAGCUGUUGUAUAUCUAAAAACAAUAUCAUCUGAUGGCUCUAUACAUGUUACGCUGUUGACAUCAAAAACUAAAGUUUCACCUGUUAAACCUUUAUCCAUACCAAGGCUUGAAUUAUGUGGAGCUUUACUUCUCACCAAAUUGCUGAAACACAUAAAAUCCGGAUUGAACAUCAAUAUCUCUGACAAAAAUAUUUUUGCUUAUACAGAUUCUAAAAUUGUUUUAGCAUGGUUGAAUGGGGAUGUCAAUCGAUGGAAAGUUUUCGUUGCUAACAGAGUGUCCAAAAUUUUGGAUACGAUAUCUGUUCAACAAUGGCAUCACAUUCCAACCGCUCAAAACCCAUCAGAUUGUGCUACCAGGGGAAUGUAUCCCAAUGACCUGAUUGAUUACAAGCUGUGGUGGGAAGGACCAUUAAUUUUAAAGCAAAACGAUACUCAAAUCCUGAAUUUAAAUACUACUUAUGACGACGUCAAUGAUGAUGAAAUAUUUGCCGAAGUAAAAACUAAAUACAUCCUUACAAUCACGGUCUCAGAUGAUUUCAUCGAAAGAUUUUCGACUUUUAAUAAGCUUAUAAGGCUAUCCGUUUUGUGUUCUAGAUUUGCUUUUAACGCACGUCAGAAAGAAAAAUCUAAUCGCAUAACUAAACCUAUAUCUACCGAAGAUAUUCAAAUUUGGACACUCUAUUGGAUAAAAGUUGUGCAAGCUUUAUCGUUUCCUAAUGAUCUGGAGCAUUUGAAUUCGAAAAAGAAUUUUUCACAUCAUAGACAGUUCCUUACACUGAAUCCAGAAAAGAACUCUGAUGGCAUCAUAGUUGUUGGAGGACGAUUAGAACAGUCUAAUUUAUCUACUGAACGGAAACAUCCAAUCAUCUUACCUGCUCGACAUCAUUUCACGAAUCUUAUUAUAAGACAAGCACAUUCAAAUACUCUUCAUGGUGGCAUUCAAAUAACUCUAUCGUUUAUCAGAAAAAAGUAUUGGAUUUUGAAUGCUCGAAAUGCUGUACGUGCUGAGAUAAAUAAAUGUAUCACCUGCUUUCGUCAUAAUCCAAAACCUUGUCAACAACUAAUGGGUAAUUUACCAUCUCCAAGAGUACAGUUUACUCGUCCUUUUACUCAUACAGGCAUUGAUUAUGCUGGUCCAAUUAACAUUCGUCCAGCUAAAGGAAGAGGAAUAACUUCAAGAAAAGGCUACAUAUGUAUUUUUAUCUGUUUUUGUACUAAAGCAAUUCAUAUUGAAGCAGUCAGUGACUUGUCAUCACAAUCUUUCCUUGCAGCAUUUUAUCGAUUUGUCGCUCGCCGUGGAUACUGUUCUCAUAUUUACAGUGAUAACGGAACUAAUUUCGUUGGUGCAGAUAAGAUCCUUAAACGUAAUAAAUUGGAAUUCCAAAAAACUGUUGAAAAGGACCUUUUGCCAACGUUGAGUAAUCUAAAUAUCUCUUGGCAUUUUAUUCCUCCAGCUUCACCUAAUUUUGGUGGUCUUUGGGAGGCUGGAGUUAAAUCCAUCAAAUACCAUCUUAAAAGAGUGAUUGGAACAUCUACCUUGACUUACGAAGAAAUAUCUACAUUGCUAUGUCAAAUCGAAGCUGUAUUGAAUUCUCGACCGUUAUGUCCACUUACAAACGAUCCCGAUGAUUUGGAACCUCUAACACCUGGACAUUUCCUUAUUGGUGAACAGUUAUUUUCUCCACCAGAAAGUAAUUUGAUUGACACAACUAUAAGUCCUUUAAAUCGUUUUGAUCUUAUACAAAAAAUGAAGCAAGGAUUUGUAAAACGAUGGAAAAAAGACUAUAUAGGUCGUUUACAAUCACGCCCAAAAUGGUUGAAAAUGGAACGAAAUGUCGGCAUUAAUGAUUUGGUUAUAAUCAAGAAUGAUCAAAUACCUUCAAUUCAGUGGCAAUUAGGUCGAAUUGUUGCAGUUCAUCCUGGAUUGGAUAAUGUUGUAAGAGUUGUAUCAAUCCGAAACUCUAAUGGAAUAUGUAAAAGACCUAUUAGCAAAAUAUGCUUAUUACCAGACUGUGACCCAAUUAAAUCGUGUUACUAAAAUCAAUGCAUCAACAAAAGAAGUAUUCUUGAGUUAAUGGCUUAGAGUGAAAACCCUGUCAUUGUAGGCCGAGUAAGUGGCGGCCAGAAAUCACCACUUAGCAAUGGCAAGGUUGAUCUUUAUGCAUUAACAAUUUUUUUUUUUUUUUUCUUUCUGAUGAUCUAUCAGCGGGGCCGGUAUGUUGAAGAUAUGGACUGGAUCAUGUGUAUGAUAUACAUCAGAAUAUUUGUUUAUGUUAAUACAGAAUAUACUUGUUCCAAAGUACUGUGCUUAAAAAAUAUGUUUUGUAUAUUUUCAACUGUCGAAUAUUAUAAAUAUUUUCGUUUUCUAUUUUUGUAUCUGAAUUAUUAAUAUUAAGAAUUUUGAGGAAUAAACAUUUAAACGUUCCUGAUUUUGAAUUGGACUUUUAUUCAGUCUUUUAUUUUCCUUCCCAUCUUCAAUCGA